UCCAUCCAAAUCAAAAAACAAUAACCUCACUUUCUAUAGUUAAAGAGCUUAAAAAAGGAUUGAAAGAGAAAAGAGGAAAUGGGUUUUGUUUAUCUCAACAUGUCAAGUUUCAUGAGAGCAAUGUUGAUUGUGUUAUGUGCUUUGUGGAUAUUGCCAGAGCUAGCACAUGCAAAACAUGUUAGAACAAGGCAUUAUAAGUUUAAUAUCAAAUUGCAAAAUGUCACAAGACUUUGUCAAACAAAGAGCAUUGUAACUGUCAAUGGACAAUUUCCGGGUCCUAGAAUCAUUGCAAGAGAAGGCGACAGAGUCGUAAUUAAAGUGGUUAAUCACGUUCAGAACAAUGUUUCCAUUCAUUGGCACGGAAUUCGCCAACUAAGAAGUGGUUGGGCAGAUGGACCUGCAUAUAUAACACAAUGUCCAAUUCAGGCAGGCCAAAGUUUUGUUUACAACUUCACAAUUAUAGGCCAAAGAGGAACAUUGUGGUGGCAUGCACAUAUCUCAUGGCUUAGAUCUACUCUUCAUGGUCCUAUUGUCAUUCUUCCCAAAAGACAUGUGCCUUACCCAUUUCCUCAUCCCUACAAAGAAAUCCCCAUUAUAUUAGGGGAGUGGUGGAAAGCAGACACAGAAGCAAUUAUAAAUCAAGCUAUACAAACAGGAUUGGCACCUAAUAACUCAGAUGCUCACACUCUCAAUGGCCUUCCAGGUCCUCUCCACAACUGUGCAGCUAAAGAUACCUUCAAGCUCAAGGUUGAACCAGGAAAAACAUAUCUACUUAGAAUAAUCAAUGCUGCACUCAAUGAUGAAAUGUUCUUUAGCAUUGCUAAUCACACCCUCCAUGUUGUCGAAGCCGAUGCAGUAUAUGUAAAGCCAUUUAGAACCAACAUUGUUCUCAUCACACCAGGUCAAACAACCAAUGUCCUUCUCAAAACCAAAUCCAAAACCCCAAAUGCAAAAUUUGUCAUAGCUUCAAGACCUUAUGCUACAGGUCCAGCAUCUUUUGACAACACAACAGCGAUUGGUUUCUUGGAGUACAAGAAACACUCACUUUCAAACACUAAAUCAAAAAACCAUACUCUUUUUAGACCAAAACUUCCUAAAUUCAAUGACACUAUCUUUGCAAUGAACUUCAACAAAAAAUUUCAUAGCUUAGCCAACAAGAAAUUCCCAGCAAAAGUUCCGAAAACUGUUGAUCGACACUUUUAUUUCACUGUUGGUUUAGGAAUAAGUCAAUGUUCAAAAAACCAACAAUGUCAAGGACCAAAUAACACAAGAGUAGCAGCAGCGAUUAAUAAUGUUUCAUUUGUUAUGCCAAACACUGCUUUACUUCAAGCUCAUUUUUUCAACAAAUCUAAAGGAAUUUUCACUACUGACUUUCCUACUAAUCCACCUCAUAAAUUCAACUACACUGGUACAUCACCAAAGAACAUGAUGGUAACUAGUGGAACUAAGGUUGUUGUGUUACCAUACAAUGCCAAAGUUGAGUUGGUUUUGCAAGAUACAAAUAUUAUUGGAGCUGAGAGUCAUCCAUUGCAUCUUCAUGGAUUUAAUUUCUUUAUUGUUGGUCAAGGAAAUGGAAAUUUUGACCCUAAAAAUGAUCCUUCUAAGUUCAAUUUGGUUGAUCCUGUUGAAAGGAACACUGCUGGUGUCCCAUCUGGUGGUUGGGUUGCUUUGAGAUUCCUUGCAGAUAAUCCAGGUGUAUGGUUCAUGCAUUGCCAUCUUGAAGUACAUACAAGUUGGGGCUUGAAAAUGGCAUGGAUUGUUCAAGAUGGAAAACUGCACAAUCAGAAGCUGCCACCUCCACCUUCUGAUCUUCCAACAUGUUGAAAAGAUUUAGACCAUUAUGAUACUUUUCUAUGUGUCCAAUUUUUGGAUUAGCUAGAAUUGGAUUUGAUUCUGCUUUCUGGAUUUAGUUUUGUCUACAUUCUUUGUUUUUUUUUUAUUUUAUUAUUUUAUUAUUAUUAGUAGUAUGUUUCAUAGGAGUGGGAAAGUUUUGGACAAUUUCAUUGUAGUGAUUGUUUUGGUUCUUGUUGUAUGGUCACACUCAUUUAAAAAGUUAUGAGUGGGAGAGUUUUAUGGAGGUUUCAGUUUUCAGUUA